AUGGCCCAACAACGCUUACCAAAGCCAAGAUCUACACAAGAGAACCUGGUGACAGUUCGGGGACAGGAAUCCCAGGAUCUGCCGCAGUCCCUAUGGUCACAGAAAGACGUUCAGGAAGCAUGUUUAAUGCGCUAUUUUGUAGACGAGCUUGCACAAUGGUUUGAUACUUGUGAUCCCUCUAAGCAUUUUGCUAAAGUUGUUCCCCAACGGGCAGCGAAUUGUCCCGCGCUUCUGUAUGCGAUCUUUUCCGCUUCCGCAAGGCACCUCAGCCGAAGUCAGUAUCUACGAACCAACGAGGUAUUGUGUUUGGGGAAGAAAUUACCUUUUCUUGGGGAUGAUGCUGCGUUAGAGUAUCAAGGUUUGUGUAUAUCACACCUCAUGAAUUUGUCUGGGAAUCCUGCCGAAGUGGCAGAUGAGAACCUCCUAGCAGCAGCGGUAAUUCUGCGCUUCUAUGAAGAAGUAGAUUCACCCCUUGUAGGGGCCGACGAUGAGACUUACUUGCGAGGAGUGCAAGUAUUCCUAAAUGCUCAGGGCGCAGCCGCAGUGAGGGACGGUGGUCUCCGGCUGGCUGCAUUCUGGGUAGGUAUACGCCAGGAAUUCCACACCUCGUUCAUCAAACAGCGGAUCUUCCAAUUUGACCUCAGUUGCUGUGAUCACUCAACCUAUAGGUUACUCGACCAAGCAGAUGACCCCACGUGGGCCAAUCGAGUCAUCCUGCACUGUGCACACACGCUGAUGUACUGUUAUGACGAGAGGAGUCAUACGAUGAAGGAAUAUGAACAGCUCUGGGAUUAUAAUCAAGGGUGGAACCGGAUGGCACCACCGACAUUCAAUCCGAUUUAUCUUCGACAGCCGGAUAAGUCGAAGGACGAGGUGUUUCCAGAGUUGUGGUUUUUGGAUGAUUGCAUCGUGACUGCCAUUCAACACUGGCACCUUGCAAGGAUUCUACUUACUGCAUUCGACCCCAGAGUCCCCCGUCUAGCCGGUCUAACGGCCUUGUACCUGCGCCACCGCACUGGGAUUUCGCGCACAGUAUAUUUGGCUCUCUUCGCGGCUUUAGCAAAGCGCAUCCAUAAUGCCAUCUCCGAACAGAAAGCCGCUUCCCAGCAACAAGUGGAGCUGCGGCGACGUCCGGGGACCAGCAGUAUCGGGGAUGGUGGAGACCGACCGCGGAAGAAAGUUGGGGUCAACCGUGAAUUCUUUCGAAAUCUUCUUCGAUUACUGAAAAUAGUGGUUCCCAGCUGGCGGAGCAAAGAGCUGCGGUUGCUGGCUGGCCACAGUGUCUUCCUGGUGCUUCGAACACUACUCAGUUUAUAUGUCGCUGAACUAGAUGGGAGACUGGUCAGUAACUUGGUGAGAGGAAAGGGGAAGGACUUCCUACUGGGUCUUGUGUGGUGGAUGAUUGUUGCCGUACCAGCAACUUUCACGAAUUCCAUGCUUUCUUAUCACCAAUGUAAACUUGCCCUCAGUUACAGGAAGCGCUUAACAGAUUACAUUCAUGACAAGUACUUGAGCAAUAUGACAUUCUACGCGAUCUCUGCACUGGAUGACCGAGUCAAAAACCCCGAUCAACUUAUCACGGUAGAUGUGUCUCGGUUUUCCGACAGUCUGGCUGAACUAUAUUCCAACCUAGCCAAACCAGUUCUAGACAUGGCGAUCUAUAAUUAUUCCCUCUCGAAGAGUGUGGGCGGCGAGGGCCUCUUUAUCAUGAGCCUAUUGGUUCAACUAUCAGCUAACGUCAUGCGUGCGCUAACACCACCAUUCGGAAAAUACGUUGCCGAUGAAGCCCGCUUGGAAGGCGAAUUCCGUUUCCUCCACUCCAGGUUGAUCGACUAUAGUGAAGAGAUUGCCCUAUAUCACGGUCACGAGGCAGAGAAGGAUACUCUAGACAAAGGCUAUUUCACGUUAAUCAAGCACGUGAAUCGCAUUUUGCGCAGACGCUUAUACCACGGCUUCAUGGAGGACUUUGUCAUCAAGUAUUUCUGGGGAGCCCUGGGAUUAAUCCUGUGCAGCAUCCCAGUUUUCUUCAGAAUUCCAGGUCAAAUCACUCAGACCAUGGGAGACCGUACUGAGAGCUUUGUUACGAAUAGGCGGAUGUUGCUUUCCUCUUCUGAUGCCUUUGGUCGCUUGAUGUUCUCAUACAAAGAGAUCUCUGAAUUAGCCGGCUACACGGCCCGUGUCUCAUCGUUGCUGGAGGUCAUGGACGACCUCUUAGCUGGGCGCUUUGAGAAGAAGCUGGUGUCUUCUGCAUCGACCGAGGAGAACGCAGCUAUUUUGUCUGGUCGGGGAGAGGUCGAGGAGAGCGACUCAAUCGAAUUCACCAAUGUCCCGAUCGUCUCGCCUAACGGGGAUGUUCUGGUGCGGAAGCUGUCAUUUACAGUGCACCCCGGUGAUCAUCUAUUGAUUGUUGGCCCGAACGGAUGUGGCAAGUCAUCUUUGUUUCGGAUCCUUGGUGGUCUGUGGCCUGUCUACGGAGGUAAGGUAAAGAAACCUCGAUUCGAUGAGAUCUUUUAUAUUCCGCAACGACCCUACUUGUCUCGCGGAACACUUCGCCAGCAAGUCAUCUACCCAGAUGGACUUCGUGAGAUGCGUGCCAAGGGCGUUACGGACGACGAUCUUUAUGAUAUCCUCUCCAUCGUCGAAAUCGCAUCAGUCGUUGACCGCCCCAACGGCUGGGAUGCAGAGGAAGAGUGGCGUGACGUACUCUCCGGUGGACUCCAACAGCGCAUCGCCAUGGCAAGACUCUUCUAUCAUCGGCCCAAGUUUGCCAUUCUCGAUGAAUGUACUUCAUCAGUUACUCUGGAGAUCGAACGGGUCAUGUACGAGACUGCCAAGAGGUUAGGCACAACCCUGAUGACCGUUUCCCACCGCCGCAGUCUCUGGAAAUAUCACAAGAAGAUCCUGCAGUUCGACGGCCAAGGAGGCUACAUCUUCACAGGGCUAGACUGGGAACGGAGACUGAAACUAGAAGAUGAGAAAGAGGAGCUCGAUCUUCACCUCAGAGCCGUUCCAGAACUGCAAAGGCGCAUGGCCGAAUUAAGUGCCUCCUAA